ACCAACAACUAGCCAAGCCAACAGCCUCCUUUACAUUCUUUCAAGAGUUGAUCUCUUUCAUUUUUGUCCGGAACACCACUUUGUUUGUUUACAUUCUUUGCUACAUCCAUCUUUAUCCUUUUACUACAUUCAUUAAAGUCGAUCUUUGAUCCACACAACAACUUUCAACCCAUCAAAAUGCAGAUCAAGACCGUUUUCAUCGUCUUCAUGGCCACCCUCGUGUCCGCCGCUGCCGUCCCCGGCGGCACCAUGGCACUCGAGGCUCGCAAUAUGGGUGGCGACAAGAACAAAGGCGGUAAUGUCAAGGCAGCCGCCGACGACAAGAACAAGGGCGGCGAUGCCAACGGCCAGGGCGGCGACGACAAGAACAAGGGCGGCGAUGCCAAUGGCCAGGGCGGCAAUGGCAAUGGCAAUGGCAAUGGCGGCGUCUUGGGCAAGAAUGGCGCAAACUUUGGAAAGUGCAAGCCUACCAUGGACUUCCAAACGGGCCGGCCGGGCCGCAAGGCCACCGAGGGAACCUUUUUGCCAACAGACCCGCUCGUCAGCAAGGGCCAGGGGGAUGCUCUCAACCCCGGCAUCAUCACCAAUGCCAUCUGCAACCAGCUCACAAAUGUCUGCAACGCCAACCCCGAGGCCAAGAAGCAGUGCGCCGCUGCCAAGGCCAUGACUGACGCGCUCGGCACAAAGGACGCGAGCACGGCCGCCGCCUUCAACAAGGCCCUCGGCUUCUGAGUCUAGACGCUUUAGAUUCUGGUAUGCGGAGGAUGGUCGAACGGGAUUACGUUUUUUGCAGUGGGGAGAGAUUGUUCUUCCUUCUGUGGAAGGACGGUUGUGGGAUUAUUAGUUCAACAAGGAGGCUGGGUUCGUUCUUGGAUGUUGGUAUCUAUGUGGAAGCUUUUUUUUUCUUCUAAUAUCGCUAGCUCUCAGCACAGUUGCUAGUGACAUGCCGUCUUGGGACAGCUGUUUGAAUCAAACACUUUCCGAACC